AUGGGGGCGCCCUCGGCGCUGGACGUGACGUGGGACGUCCUCGACGCCGACGGCUACCCGGAGCUUACCCCUCGGCGGAGGAAGGAACUCUUCCCGGUGGCGGAGACGGAGGCCGAGCGGCCUUCGCCGCCCGUCGGCAGGCAGGCCCGAGGAGGAGGAGGCGGAGGCGGUGGUGGUGGUGGUGGUGGUGGCAGGGGCGGGAGGACCGACAGGGUGGUGGACAUGCUGGCGUCGCUGGAGAAGGCCGUCAUGGACGUUUGCAAGGACAUGUGGAGGCUCGAGGACAAGGUCGAGGGCUCCGAGCGAUACACCGCUAGCCGGGGUUCGGAGCGAGUGACGGAGAGCUCGGUCGUUACGGGGGAGGGCUUGGGAAGAGAAGCAGACCAAGAGAGGAGGUCGCGGCGCAAGUCGAGGCCUACCUCAGCAAGAUGUGGUGCGAUGCCCCCGACGGCCCUUCCGAUGGUGAUGCCGGUGAAGGAAGCAACAUCGGCAUGGUCGGCAAUGCCGCUCCCAGCCACAGACAAGAGAGAGAAGAUGAUCAGGAGGAGGAGGAGGAUGGAGGAGGGGGAGGAGGAGGAGCAAGAAAUCGGCAUCCACGCGGCGUUGCUGCUGGGCGACGACGGUAGCGGUUCAGAGGACGACCUCGACGCCUACCGACGUUCGGAGUCGUUGGGGUGGGCGAGUGGGGAAGGGGAGGAGGAAGCGGCAGCACGAAGGAGGGGGCAAGGUGCGGGACGCCGGCAGCGACGGGAUCAAGGUCGCGAGGAAGCCGAAGAGGAUCUCGUGUAUGCGCUGUGCGAGGAGGAAGAAGGGGAGGAGGAGGAGGAGGAGACGGGGAGUCUCGAGGCUGACCGUCCCGGCGUGCGAGGCGAGGACUGGCGAGCGCGGGAGCUAGAGGAAGAUGGCGGCGGCGAGGGCGGGAAAGGGCGAAGGGGUCAGGAGGCGUCUUUGUUCGAAGCAGAGGGAGGCCAGGAGGAGGAGGAGGAGGAGGAGCGGGGGGGUGGGUCGAGCGUCGGGGAGACCCGUUCCGAACCGCUCGCCGAUGCUGCUUCCCCGCCGUCGCCGUCCCUAGACGACAUGUUGCUCGUGGAGGAUUUGGUAGGGCUGGGCGAGGAAGGGGGAGACGAAGGCAGCGAGGAGGGCAUGGAGGGCGGAGAGGGCACGAGUCGUUGA